AUGGCUGUGGAGCAUCUGCCUUGGGUUAAAGAAUCAGAUGUGGCAAAGGUGACACUGUGCCCCCGUUCCCAGCUGUCUUUGAAGGGGACUGACAACUCCUGUUCCCUCCCUCCUGGAACACUGCUGUUUGGGGAUCCGUCGGCCACCUUGCGAGCGGCUCAGCUCCCGCGCUGGAAGGCCUGGGCACAGCCACAGGGUAGCCUUGAAUUCAAGAGGAGAGAGACCCCUGCGAAGGACAAGGGGGGCAGAUGGGGUCGCCCGGGAGUCAGGCUGGAGGACGCCGGGGAGGACCCGCGCUGGACGUGGGAGCCCCGCUGUAAGCCGGGUGUGGCCGUAACCACGCAGGGAGCCCCGGUCCCGCAGCCUCCAACCCCGCCGAGCGGGGACCCUGGCCCCCAGGAAGAGGGUCACAAGGCCUCCUGCCCAGAGGUCACAGGCAGACCAGCACCGCUGGAGGGCCAGGGGCGGGAAGCCGCCUGCAGCCGGGUGGCCACCCCUCCACCCUGCAGGAGGCCCAGGCCUGGGGUAACAGGCCUGCAGCUUAGGGGCUGGGGGUGGGAGGCUGCCCCGAACAAGGCCCCACACGGGGGUCCCACCCCUGGGAAGGCCGAGGCUCCCUGGGCUGAGGCAGGACGAGGAGAGCCUGGACGUCUGCAGGGCCGCGGGCAGGGCGUGGAGAAAGGCACCCUCCCCAGUGCAGACGUGCAGACAACGCCCAGCGGGGGCGCAGCACGGACGCUGCAGGAGAACCGCCCUGCGUCACAGCCGCGGCCCGAAGCCCAGCGCGCCCGCGCCCGCGGAGAGAGGGACCCGAGGAUUCUGAUGCACGGAGCAAAGUCAGAGCAACUCGGAACCCCAAAUCCAGCCCAGGUCCGGACCACCGUCAAAGCUAAUAGGGCACAGCCACAGGGUAGCCUUGAAUUCAAGAGGAGAGAGACCCCUGCGAAGGACAAGGGGGGCAGAUGGGGUCGCCCGGGAGUCAGGCUGGAGGACGCCGGGGAGGACCCGCGCUGGACGUGGGAGCCCCGCUGUAAGCCGGGUGUGGCCGUAACCACGCAGGGAGCCCCGGUCCCGCAGCCUCCAACCCCGCCGAGCGGGGACCCUGGCCCCCAGGAAGAGGGUCACAAGGCCUCCUGCCCAGAGGUCACAGGCAGACCAGCACCGCUGGAGGGCCAGGGGCGGGAAGCCGCCUGCAGCCGGGUGGCCACCCCUCCACCCUGCAGGAGGCCCAGGCCUGGGGUAACAGGCCUGCAGCUUAGGGGCUGGGGGUGGGAGGCUGCCCCGAACAAGGCCCCACACGGGGGUCCCACCCCUGGGAAGGCCGAGGCUCCCUGGGCUGAGGCAGGACGAGGAGAGCCUGGACGUCUGCAGGGCCGCGGGCAGGGCGUGGAGAAAGGCACCCUCCCCAGUGCAGACGUGCAGACAACGCCCAGCGGGGGCGCAGCACGGACGCUGCAGGAGAACCGCCCUGCGUCACAGCCGCGGCCCGAAGCCCAGCGCGCCCGCGCCCGCGGAGAGAGGGACCCGAGGAUUCUGAUGCACGGAGCAAAGUCAGAGCAACUCGGAACCCCAAAUCCAGCCCAGGUCCGGACCACCGUCAAAGCUAAUGAUCUCUUAAAAGAAGAGGCACGAGGCCGUGUGGAGUUGGGAGGGCAGCGCAUCCGCAGGGCCUCGGCCCCGGCGCCCUUGGGAAUCGCAGCUCCCUGCAGCUGCCCCCUGCCUGAAGCGGGGACCCUCGGGCCUCUCCCCUCUGGCCGGGCUCCAUCGGACCCACCCACCGCUCUGCCGCAACCUCACCCCCUCGGGACUCACUGGGCCCCGCAGGACGCAUCUCUCUGGGUGCCGCCCCAGCGCUCCUCCCACGCCUGGCCCGCGCCCCCAGGGGCGCCACCUCCCCUCAUGUACCAGACACAGUGUGACCAGCUGGAGGGACCACAGUCGCAGCCUCCCGGCUCCAAGGCCCGCAGAGGCCCCCUGCCGCCAGCCCGCUGCACCCCCAAGUCACUCCGCAGCUUGGAGCACGUCUCCCAGGCAGGAGCCGGCAAGCAAGCCAAGCCUUCCCUUCUCUCACCUCCCGUAUCUGCUGGGUGA